UUAAUAAUUUGAUUGUAGUAGCAAUGAAUUAUCCUGCUGUUUUUUGCUACAGAGUGGUAGUUUUUAUUCAGAGUAAGUGUCUAUUUUCGCGGCAAGAACUUUUGUUUUUCUCGUACUUUUUCCUUUUAAAAAAAUUUGGUGCAACUUAAAUGCGUAACGAGAGAAAAAAAAAGGUUAAGAACCACUGGCUCGGACAGAUUUUCUUGGACCAAUGCCGGAGGUCAAAAAAUUAUGCAGGUGUCAGUUCACACCGUUUUCAAAAAUGUAGUCCUCAAUGCUUGGAAAGAAAGAUGGAGUGAACAGAAAUGGACUUCAACAAUGAGAAAAUUACUACAGCCAGGGAAUGUUGUUGACAUGUUUCAUAUGGCUGACGUUCUCUUCUCUCAAGCAUUCAUCGGAAGCACACCUAAUACAGUUCUUCUUAGUUAUUUUAAUUACGGACUCAAAUCGGGGACUUUGUCUUAUGCAGCUAUAUUGACUGCCAUUUCUAAACAUGAGGAUCUUCAAAACACUGCUAGCAUGGAUUAUACUUUGAAUAUACUCAUGAAAUAUAUAGAAAAACUAAACAAGGGUCAAAUUUUAGAAGACAGCAUGGGCCUGUGCAAAGCUUUGCUUGUGAUUUUGCAAUGGCUUUUGAGAAAUAUUGAACAAUAUUUAAAAAGGGGUUCAGGAACUUCUGGAGUUGAAGCUGAGAAUUUGCAAAUUCAGAAAAACUGCUCAACUUUGCAUUCCUUAACUACAUUACCGAGAACUGCAUCUCUUCUGACUAUUGCAAGAUUUGAGGAGAGCAGUGUUUGGAGCCAUAUUGAAACUGAUCUCGCUGUAAUUAAGAAUGCUGCUGUUGGACAUAACAUGCAAAAUGAUGUUAAUGUAUCAUGUAAUAGUGUAUCUCAACUUGCUCGCUGUAAUACAAAAACAUCUGCAGUAUUCUGUUUGCCAAAAAUACAAGGAAAUGAAUCUCAUCAUGGCAUGUUGGUGAAUAUGUUUAUCCUCCUAGAAGGUGAAUGGAAUAAAAUGACUGAUCCUGAUACUUUAAUUCAACAAUUGCUGUUGCUCUCUCAACUUUGUGAUCUCAAUGUUUCAGAACUGUGUCUGGAUUUGAUACGAGCCUGUAUGAUGGGAUUCUUAGGCAGCAUUGAUGGAGAUAGGAAACACAAAUGGUCAUCUGUACUUUUUCUUUCACUUCCCCAACAUCUUAAAAGACUUAAAUCUGCUAUUGUGUCAGGAAAUGGUUCAGAUUUUAAAAAGCUGUCUUUAGAAACAGAUUUUGAAGAUGCGACGGCAAGUGCUUUUUCAGAAUUAUUGCAAUAUGACAGUCUUCUAGAUGUGUUAGACCAAAUUACUGGAAAUUGUGAUUGCCUAAGUUGGCUCAUUGAUCGUUGCCUAUCUUUCGGCAUAUUAAAAGAAGAUGCUGCAACAGAGCUGAAAACACGAAGAAGCAGCAUGGCCAAAGUUUCAUCGCAGCAUCCAACACACGCAGUAGAACCGAGCAAAUUGAUAAAAUACGAGGCAACUGCCCGUCAGUUACUUUCAGUCAUAGACACUUCUGCUGAUUAUAUUUCUAAACAAGAAAAUUUGCUUGCUACAUUGAGUCAAAUGUCAAGUAACUUUAAUAUUAUCUUGGCAAGUGGCUCAAUCACACACAAUGUACAAAAGUUUGCUAAAAAAUUAAUAUUGUUUAAUGAUGUUGUGAAAUCCAGCACUGCCGAAGGCGGUAAAAGUGCACAAAUGAGAUGUCUUCUUUUUGAUUUUACGCAUUUUCUAGUCUGCCAAAUUGCUGAACAGUAUGGAAAAAACGUUGUUUUAGGAUCUAUGGCAGACAUGGAUUCUAGUAAAUACUUUCUAUACAAAUGGAUAUCUGUUUACUGGCCUGAUGAUAGAGGUCAAAUAUUGAGAAAUAGUAAAAGCGAACUUGAUGUUGAUGACUCUCGUAUUAAAAUGUAUCUUGAAUUGUUACAAAACAAAAGGGAACGAACUCAAGAACAAUCGUGCAGUAUAAAAAAAUGGCAUGAGAUGUGCACCAAUUUGCCAAGAGCAUUCAUUGAAUUGGUAAAGGCAUGGCAGUACAAAGUUGUGAGCAAAGCAGAUGUGUUAGGUGCCUGUGAUGUCAUAUGUAAUAUAUUAUCAUUGUCUAUCAGACUGACUUGUCUUGUUGAAGUAGCCAAAUAUGCUUCAACCGUUCCAAAACUAUUCUGGAAGGAAUUGAAAGAAGUCGUUGAAAAACUUUCAACGCAUGGAUUUAUAUCGCCACCCGGUCAAGAAAUACAUGCAGCAAAACGUACAAACAUGUUUAAAGGUAUAUUGGAAGUGUUGAUGCCAAAUUCAAACCUACCUGGUGCACAGGAUAACGAGCCUGUGAAAUUUCCAGCUGAUGUUCUUUCCGAUUUAAUAACAGAGUGCAGAGAGACAGGCUGGAUAGGAAGAAAUAUGCUCUGUCGACUUGAAGCUGUUUUGAAGCGAUCCGGUGCCAAAUGGUUUUGCCAUCAACUUGUUUCACAGUUGUUGUCGCAAACUCGCAAAGAUAUUGUUGAACGAACAGCUACUGUUGUGGGUGGAAUAUUUUUGUUAGAUGUUGAGAGUUUUGUCAUUUGCUUGUUAAGACACGAAAUUCCGCACUAUUUGACUGAUGAAGCUGAUCACAUGAUUCUCUCUGCUCCUGCAGGAAAUGUUUUAGCACAGCUUGCUGUUAGCUGUCUUGCUAUAGUUCUUCAUAAUAUAUCUUUACAACAAAAAGCUUGCCUUUCACAAAAAACAGCAAAAGAGAAGCUAUCGCAUCAACUUCUAAUGUCUGGAAAAGAGUCAUUGGCUUCUCAUCAAGUACAUUUCCAAGAUGAAGUCGGACCCACUAAGUUGCGAAGACUUUUCAGUUCGACUGCAGAGCAUGAUUUGGCAGCAAGUGCGUUUUCAUCUAUACUUGGCCGCGAAAAUUCUGCCACAGCUCAGUCUAAGCAUUCUCAUGUAAGAGAACCAGUAUUGAGAGCACUUAGUUACGCAUUAGAUAUUAUGAAUAUGUCGCUUGCUGAACGACAACCAGGUCCUCAUAUUGACUUUGCAGUUUACUUCGUAUAUCUGGCAUCACUGUGUGGCGAAUUGGUUUCUCAAGCUGUUUUGCAGCUGAUGCCAUUAACCAUGGUCACAGAACUGGCUGCUAUGGCUAGUGAUGGCACUUUCAAAAUUUCCAAGUUUGAUAAAGAAUUUGAUAGUUUUAAUUUUGUGUUAUCUGUAUCUGACCUCGGCCACACUUUCAGCAGAAAAGUGGCUGCAAAGGCAAUUUGUCAAAUGGUUCUUCCCGAAUAAGUCGAUCAUGUUGGAACAUGCUCUUUAAAAUAUAUAUGAUAUCAAAGAAUA